AUGGAGAUCGACGACAUUUUGAAGGACUUUGAGUCUUCGGCUCAUCCUCAGCCAAAGCUUCAGUCUAAUACUAUUGAACAGGAGCUUAUCCAGGCCAUGAUAAAUGAACGUAUGGCUCCAGAGCUUCUUCCAUAUAAGCACGACGUGAUGGAGAUUGUGCUUCUGCGAAUCCAAAGCCAGCAACAGCUACUUUUGGAUUCCCAUGAAUAUGGUGACUCCAACGCAGAAGCUGGCGUCGUCUCGUCUGACUUCAAGCUUCGUCUUAUGAUUGUGGAGACUGACAUUGAGCGUAUCAGUUACAUUGUUCGCCUAUACAUCAGAACAAGACUCAGCAAGAUAGAAAAGUUCACCAUUUACUACAUUAAUGAGACGGCAGAGGAGUUAGACUCGUCAAGAUCAAGAUUAUCCGCUCAGGAAAGGUCAUACAUGCAAAAGUUCUUCCAGAUCUUGACCCAGCUCUACAAUAACAGUUUCUUGAGGAAACUACCCAGUGAACUUGCUCUUUUAGAUGGAGACCAAGAUAUCACACCCAUGGUUACCGAGCCUGAUUUAGAUUUACCGGUUUUCGUGAAAGUGGAGACUUCGUCGCCUAUUCUUAUUAGCUUGGGCGAUGAUGAUAGCUUGGAAUUGGAAAAAGACGGUGUCUAUGUUGUGAAGUACCGCUUGAUUAGAAGGUACCUCCAGAUCGGCGAUGUUGUACUUAUAUGA